GCUCAGAAUUUUCUGUGGAUUUGGAAAUUGGAAGGGCGAAGAAAAUAAUUUUUCUUUUAAAAGAAAAGCAAUAUAAAAAAAAUUUACAAAAAAAAAAAUUGUUAAAAAAUAUUUUUAAAAACAAAUUAAAAUAAAAUAAUUGUUAAUAAGUUUCAUUGUGUAAUAAAUAAAUAAUUUAUUAUAAAUUGUAUUGGAAUUGAUUGACUAAUUUUUAAAACAAUAAAAAGUAAGAAAAACGAAAAAGACUGUAAAGACAGGAAAAUUGUGUUGAACACAAAAGAAGACUACCCUAAAACAAAAAAGGAAGAGUAAAAAAAAAUUUGGCAAACAAACAAAAAUAGAAAACAAGAAACCUUGUAUAUUUCAAUUUUGCGCGGAGUUAUAAAAAAAACAUUCAAAACGGCUUUCCCAAUGAAUAAAAUGGCUAUACCAAAUGCGUUGCCAGCUGCAACGCCGCAAAUUGAGCCACCACUAUCUGCACCCAAGUAUGGGACAUUGAUUCCGAAUAGAAUAUUUGUGGGUGGAAUAAGUGGAGAUACUACAGAAUCUGAAUUAUGUCGAGUAUUUUCUGCAUAUGGAAAUGUUAAGUCGACAAAAAUAAUUGUCGAUAGGGCUGGUGUUAGUAAAGGUUACGGAUUUGUAACAUUUGAAACUGAACAAGAAGCUCAACGAUUACAAAGCGAUGGAGAGUGCGUAGUUCUUCGUGAUAGAAAACUGAACAUAGCUCCGGCUAUCAAGAAGCAAUCGAUAACAACUGGUGCAGUUUAUUAUGCUCCUACACCACCAGCACCAAUCAGUAAUAUGCCCAUUGAUCAGUUUGCCGCUGUGUACCCACCCGCAGCUGGAGUGCCAACGUUGUAUCCACCAUCGAUGCCGUAUCAGCCAUUUUAUCAAUAUUAUAGUGUGCCAAUGGUAAAACAAAUUAAUGUACCCACCAUUUGGCCGCAAAACUAUCAAGGUAUUUAUCCAUGUUAAUUUUAUGGAGACUAAAUAGUUAAAUAUUAUAUUUUACAAUGAAAAAAAAAACACAAUUUUUUGACAUUAAAUACAAGAUUAUUAAUUAAAAAAAAAAAUAAUAACAAUACCUAUUUGUUGUGCAUAAUUCUUUGAGGCUACACCAAAGAUAUUGGAAAUAUUUUUUUUUUGUUAUUUGAUAAUUUAAAAAAAAAAACAAAAAUAAUAAUUAAACACACAAAAUAAAUAAAGUAUUUAUAUUUGACUAAAAAUAACAAAAAGAAAACAAAAACUGCAUAGAAUUAAUUAUAAAAAUUGGUACACAAAAAAAUUAAAGAACAAAAUAAUAAGUAUUUCAAACCUUAUAUUGAAAAGAAAGAAGAAAAAAACAAAACAAAAUCUUUUAGAUAUUAUACUAAAAAAAAACAAGUAAAAAAACAUAUUCUCAUACAAAAUAUAUAUAUAAAAAUUAUUAAAAAAAAAUAACACUUAAUUUAAAACAAAAAAAAAAACACAAACACACAUAAAAUUGUAAUAAAUACAUAAAUAUUUAUAUAUAAUAUUUUAUCCUGAUAAAAAAAAAAACAAAUGCAAAUCAAAACAAUAGUAAAAUUAAUUAUAUAAAAAAUACAUAACCUACAUUGAAACUUAAAUUUUAAUCGACAGUAAGCAAUAUUGAAAAAAAACAAGAAACAUAUUAUUAAAACUAAAUAUAAUUUAAAGAAAGAAUAUUAGCUAAUUUUGAAACAAAAAAAAAAUUAAGUAAAUUUAGUAAAAGAAAAAGAAAAUCAAUAUUUUAGUUCAAAAUAAUGAUUAUUAAAUUAAACGAAGUAACAUAUUAUUACUAUAGUAAAUAUACAUAAUAAAUAUAAAUAUAUAUACACAUAUGUACUAAAUUUAUAAUUAAGUAACAAAACAAAAAAAGGAAAUCACAAUAAUAUUAUAUAUUUUUUUUGUUAUCAAAAUGCUGAAUUGGUAAUUUCUAAAAAAAUAUUAUUAUAUACUUAAAAUACGAAUAUAAAACUUUUUCCUACUUUAUAAAGUUUUAAGAUUAUAAAAAAAAAACACUGUACUACUGAAAUGUCAUUUUUUUUGUUUUGUUCAAUUUUAUAAUGUUAACCUUUUUUCUAUAUGUAUAGAACGAUAUACAUACAUAUGUAAUAAAUUUUAAUAUAUAAGUGACUGGAACAGAAUCCAAAUUUUUCAAGAUGUACCUAAUUAAAAAAAAUUUUAAAUGCAGAAUUCCAAAUGCAGAUAAUGAAUUUAGUCAAAACAAAAGUCAAUAUUUAAAAGUUAAUGUGAGAAAGAUUUUGAGAUUAAAUUUUACUUUUCUUAAAAAUUAUUUUACACUUAAAAAACAACGAUGUUUAUUUUCAAACUUUAUGUAUUUUAAAACAAUCUUUAUUGUUAAUAAAAAAUUUUCUCAAUUUGUUUUUAAUUAUCCAAAUUCAAAAUAUAUCAAUUCGCAUUUAAUGAAUGAUUAAAGAUUUGUAAUACCCUAAUCCCCCUCCUUCUCAAGAGUACAGUUGAAUUUAAAUGAAAAAUCGUAUUUUAAGAUUUAAAAUAAAAAUUAAAUAUAAUAAGUGCUAUAUAUUAUUGUAGUACAAUAUUGAAAAAAAGGAGAAUAAGAAAAAAAAAAAUAUUGUUGAAUUUGAAAAAAAAAAAAAGAACAAAAAUUGUAUUUAUUUAUAUGAUAUUUUUUAAAUUAUUGAAGAAAAACAAAAAAAAAAAAUGAUAAAAAAAACUUCUUUUUUGUUAUCAAAAUUAAUUUUUUUCUUAUAAAACAAUGGUUAUUUACGAUGAUAGACGAUUGCAUUUCUUUUGAGAUGCACAUUUUUAUGUAUAUUUCAUAUAAUAUAUAUUACAUUAUUAUAUAAAUUAUAAUAUACAACUAAUUAUUAGAAAUUGGAUCAUAAAAACAAACAAAUAAAUAAAUUACAACUAUUGCAUUAUAAAUAAUAAACGUAAAACCAAUAUUUUAUGUAUUUGUAUACGUACAAUAUUAUAUAAAAGAAUUAAAGUAUAAAAAUUCAUUAAGAAUAAAUGUAAAAUUUCGUAAAAAAAAAUCAUUCAAUAUACAUUUUAUAUGUAUAUAAAUAUAUUUGUUAAAUAUAUAUUAUGCUAAACAAACAAAAAAAAAUAAAAAAUUUUUUAGCUAUUAAGUUUAAAAUAUUACAAAUAAAAACAC